AUGCCGCAAACCACCGGACUGAAGCCACGCGUGGAGUACAUCGAGAUCGACACAGAGGACAGGCCUAUGGAAGGAACGCCGCGUUCAAAGGGCGUCCUUCGAGAUCUAGAUCCGAACUCGAUCCUGCCGACUCCUAGCACGCAGAAGGCCACUGAAGUCGCAUGUAGAACGAUAGACGAUUCGCCGCCCGCUGCGCAGCACUUAACACGCGCUGUCAGGAACGGUCGGUCAGCGGCCAACUAUGACCAAAAGUACCAUCCGAUGGAUGAGGUUACCAGACCGCUGCGCACCGCCAAACGGUAUGGACGAUCUGUGUUAGUACCACAUAACAAAGCCGAGACAAGCGAGAGCGAAUCUCCGGACCUCGAUGUCAGCGACUCAGAUUCCGACGGCAGUACCGAGAGUCAGCCAAUCUCUCUCUCGACGCAGCCGCAACCGGAUCCUAAGGCGACACGGCGUUCCGCACGUAGCGAAGCGAGGAAGUCUGUAGUCUACAAUACCAAGGUACAUCCACAGGACUAUGCCCUGCCAGAUCGUCGCCACAAAGUGUUAGCUUUAGCCAAGGCGAAGCGCAAGGCUGAUCAACCGGACCACGAAGACGAGCAAGCCGUGCAUGUGAAAGCAAGACGGUGCUCGCCAAGUGCCGGCAGCUCAGUCUUUGUUGAAAGCAUGGGCCUUGGCAACCUGGACGACGCUGCAUUCAGAGGUUUGCGAGCCGGAGACGGUUCCCUACCUGACGACAAGGACGAACACAAUGCCGCAACGGACAUCGCUGAACUCGAAGCUGAGACAAUGCAGUCACAGCAACCACCUCGAGUGAUCUUGACUGAUCACGAUGAUGAAGAUUGUUACCUAGGCUUAUUCAACGUAGGCGCCAGAUUAUUAACGUAUGAUACCACUGACGUUGGUCCUUACGACGGCAUUUCCGAGACUACAUGCAUUCUAGCAGCGGCCCCUACGUCUGCCGCAGUGGCUCCGGAUGCCCGUGCGCCCAGUAUCGGUCACGGAGAGGUCAAGCAGGCACUAAUCAGGCGCAAGUCGAUGGCGAGGAAUGUUCGCUGUGCGAAGUCGAUACGCCCGCCGCCCUUCGUCGCACCUCCCUUGAGCUGUGAAGGCACUACUGCCGUCUUGCAAUCGACAAGUGGAUUACGAGGCAGCACCGCAGCGGUCCCGAAUACCGCAGUCAUGAAGUCGGCGGCCGCUGUAAAUUCGAGUGCUCCACCACUGGUUCCUUAUGGGAGCCUAGAUCCUUCUGCAACGGACAUUAAAACUCAGAGCCAUCCAGAAGAUGCCGUGGAUAGCUAUCCCCCCUAUAUCCAAUAA